UCUCUCCCUGCGUGUUGCGUAUGGAGAUCAAGAGCUGUUUUUGUGUGAAAAGUCAGCGACUCUAGCCUUUUUCCCAUUAUUAUUUUUUAUUGUUUUCUCUAUCUGCUAAUAAGACCAUUCUUUCUUUGUUUUUCACAAGAACGAUCACUUCCAUUAACCUUCGCAAACAAAGCAAACUUUUUUGUUCGUUUUUCUGCUUUUCUUCUUCCUAAUUGCCAAAACCCAUCUCCCCAGAACGACUGCUUUGUUCCCUUCCUUGAUCAAACACCCAUAUAGCAGACGAACCAAAGAGUAAUUUGCAUGUCUUUUACGUCUGUGGUGUUCAAAAGAUCAGGACAAAUAUCCCUGGCUUGCGGCCUCCAAAUGACACUCUUUCUCUCCACCUUGUUCUUGCUCUUGCGCUGAAAAAAGUAUGUACUGCAGCUUGUUUAUGCCCAGGAUGGAGAAUUAUCAAGGUGAUUUGACUGACAUAGUCCGAGCUAGCGGGGGAGCAUAUGGCACUGGAGCUGCAGGCGCUUCCGAACCCAGUCCCGGCUGGCGCUUCCCUUCCGAUCCCAUGAAUUUUUUGUCCGUUGUCGAAGAGCCUAGGGAUAAUUUCGGCGAUCCAUUCUCCUACAUGCGAGAUCCGCUUCUUAACGAGCUCGAUGUAUCAGGUUCCAGCUUCUUCAGCAGCACCAGUUCUGCUGAAAUGAUGGGCAGCAGUACAGCUGCUAGUGUGGAGGACACGGGUGGUUUUAAUGGAGGAAAUACUACUGGUGCUGUUGUUGGUGUUGGCGGUGGUAGUACGAGUACGAUUCUAGCUCCGAGCAAUUAUCUUGAAGAUGAGAUGAAAAGGCCUUGCAAUAUAUUCUCACGGAUGCUUCAGAUCUCUCCUAAUGCAAAAUUGCCUGUCUCCCCAUGUGGUUCGCCGGUGAUGGCAGCGGCGGCUUCUCCCAGGGGAAUUAAGGCGUCUGCCAUGAUUGCAGGCGACAUGAUUACUGCAAACAGCCCCAACGGUUGCUUUAUCGACAACACCGGGGUGCAGAUCUCGUCCCCGAGGAAUCCGGGUAUUAAGAGAAGGAAGAGCCAGGCAAAGAAGGUGGUUUGCAUUCCAGCGCCAGCUGCUGUAAACAGCAGGCCUACCGGAGAAGUAGUUCCAUCUGAUCUGUGGGCUUGGAGAAAGUACGGUCAGAAACCCAUUAAAGGUUCUCCAUAUCCAAGGGGCUAUUAUAGAUGCAGCAGCUCGAAGGGAUGUUCGGCCAGGAAACAAGUCGAGCGCAGCCGGACUGAUCCCAACAUGUUGGUGAUUACCUACACAUCUGAGCACAAUCAUCCAUGGCCAACUCAGAGGAAUGCCCUUGCAGGCUCGACCCGGUCCCAACCAUCGAAGAGCAAUGCUGCUUCGAGAAACUUCCAAGGAGCCCAGUCCCAGAAGCCAACAAGCCCGAAAGAAGAACAGAAGGAGAGCAGCAUUGACGACCACGUAUCUCCGAUUGUCUGCGGCAGCUCGACAACAAGUGCAUCAGUCAAGGAAGAGCUUGACGAGGUGGAGAAGCAAGUGCUGGAGAUUGAUGACGGAGAAUUCAGUACUGCUGAAGAGUUUUCUUACAGGCCGACAAUGCCGGGGUCAAACCUCCAAUCUGAUCAGGACUUCUUCGCUGAGUUAGAAGAAAUUGAGGCUGACCCUUUAGAUCUCUUGUUUUCUCAAGGGUUUGCGGGAGAUCAUGCUCAGAAAGAUAGUAAGGGCAUGGAUCCAUUCAGUCUCUUUGACUGGCCAGGGGACGGCGGCACCAACUCUUUUGGAGAAGCUAAGAAUAGGGGUUUAUAACAAGGCAUUUGAAACGAUACAGAGCAAUUUCCCCACUAAAGACUCAUUUUUUAGUUUAUAUGGUGCACUUCUUCUAUAUUCAAGGUCUGGUAUA